AUGAGUAACUCUACCUUCCCCACUUUCAAUGUAUCUUCGUCUGAAACAGACAUGGACGAUAGUCGAGAUUUGGAGACAAAUCAAUGUAAUGGUGCAGGAAUACGGAGAGCAAGACCUUUACAACAUGUUUUUCCUUCCUUACAG